UCGACUGCCCCAGUCAUCACCGCCACUUCCGCUUCCUCUCCUCGUCACCCUCGCCAUUUCGCGAGGUUUUGCCAACCGCCCCCGUCCGACGCUGCCGCCGGCGAUCUCAGAGCCGCAGCCUCUCUCUGAACCGGCCGACGUAGCCGUAAUCCAACUCUCCUAAUCAUCGUUCAAGCUGUCUUCGUACAGACUAUAGCUUCCACGUAGACGAAGAAAUAGAGCGGAACCGAAGCGAUUCAGAGUACAUUCCAAAAUGCAGCAGCAAAAGGGUUCGGGAUCGGAGGUCGAAGUGACGUGGGAAGAUCAGCUGAACAUCAACAAGUUCGGCAGACUGAAUAAUAGGUUCCACGAGCUCGAGGACGAGAUCAAAAUCGCUAAGGAAAAUAAUGAGAGCUUGGAGGAUGCCAGCAAUGAACUCAUCCUUUCAGAUGAGGAUAUUGUGAGGUUCCAAAUUGGGGAGAUUUUUGCCCACAUGCCAAGGGAACAAGUAGAGAGCAAGCUGGAGAUUAUGAAACAAAAUUCCAGCAAAGAACUGGAGAAGCUUGAAGAAGAAAAGGAAUCAGUUCUUGCUCAAAUGGCUCAUCUGAAGAAAGUUCUUUAUGGAAAAUUUAAGGAUUCCAUUAACUUGGAAGAAGAUUAAUCGUACAUAGAAAUUUUCUUAUGAAAACUUUAUAUUAUAAAUUUCAGAAAAUUUCAAGAGAGUGAUGAAAAGUGGUAAAUUAUGAAACAAUUGGAUGCUUAGGUUUUCCUGGUUGUAUUGCAAUGAUGCUAACAUGAUCUAUCUGUCUGGAACAAUUUAUUUGCUUUGUAAUAUAUUGGGUGUUUACAUGUUUGAGCUGUUAAGCACCAAUUUUUUUUA